CAGUGAGCCAUCGGAAAGUGCAUCGCGUUCUCACGUCCCUAUGGCAACAGCAAGCACCAAUCGGCUGUCCUGCUGCCGAAAUUGUCGUAGUCCUCGCCGUUGUCGACGUCGUCGCCGAUGCAGAGCGGAAAUUUUUAAUUAAACCUGGAGCACGUUGUGUCUGCUCGGAUUUCGUUUGUCAGUGCGCACACCCACCUGACGGCCAGGGGAAUGGUUCCGUCAGGAUCCAAAUCAACACCUGCUGCAGCGCCGACCUCCACCGAUGGCGCUUGUCAGAUGAUUAUUACUUUCGGAGGUGCUGAACAAACGACCGGGGACCAUCACCGGGGGCAUCAUCACCAUCCACGGUGGGGCUUUUGGCACUGGUUUUGGGUGCUGCUGCUGUUGACGCUGAUGGUGUUGUUUUUGCUCGGGUGUGUCAAAGCCGUGCUCGGAUGCUGCUGCACCUGGAUAGGGAAGUGGAAAUACGACUUUUUGCAACCCGAUGUACGGUACAAGGAUGCUUCACGAUAUCGAAGGUUUCUCAUAAACGUCAUAUUCUUUCUGGUAUACCCUUUUGUGCUGUGCUGUCGCUGCUUCGAGCGCUUGAACGAAGACGACGAGGAUGGAAACCCCCGCGACUAUCCUGGUGGUGGCGACGAUGACCGGGAUCGUUUGCUCCAGCAGCAUGGUUUGCUCAAGGGUGCCAUGGUGGUCCAAAAACAGGUGUCACCUUCAGUAACGUCCGAUACCGGCACCAGUGUCGAGGGGGAGCAUAUGCCCGGCUACGGACGCUCCAGACAGAGACAUCUCACAGAGGUGGCAACAACCGAUGACGAUGAGCUGGACAAACUUCUGCAAUCGGAAGUUCAGGAGGGCGGAACGUGGGGCUACAACGACAACGAAGAAGAGGACAGGGACACUCGAUACGUGAUCGACGUGAUGAAUCGAAGCCAGAAGGCAUUACAAUCGUUAAGCUCGUCAUCCGAGACAUUCUACGAAGCACGGCGUUCGAGGUCAUCAUCCCGGAUCGGAAGCAUCGGGGAGGACGAUCAACAGCAAAUAGCGAAAAAGUUGGUCCGAGGUUUGUUGCAGGCGAAAAUCGUCUAUCGACGUAUGGAUCAUGCCUGUGGGCAGGUGUUGAUGGAGGACGGGCAGCCGUACUCCGUUCAGGGGUUCUUUAUAGCGAUUGAUCGGAGGCGAUUUCAAUUUUUCACACAUGCGAAGCUACGACAGCAUUGGGUGUCUCAUCGGAACGAAGAGGGAAUUAUAUCGAGAAUAAGAAUUCCGGAGAGGAGCUUAAUACCUAAAAGUUUUACCAAAAUCUAUGCCUCCGAGGAAGAUGUUUUGCGGCAAAAUGAACUUUCGGUUAAACCAGACAAAGAUGCAAUUUGUAUUAAUGUUGAGGAUUAACAUAUUAUAUUACGAGGGAAUUGUGAUUGUCAUCAUGAGCAAUAUAUUUAACAGAGAAUGA